GAAGAAAUAGAUUCCCCGUUGAUUGUCGUCGUCGUUCAUUCAGUAUAAGAAGAAAUUGAUUAAUUUUUAUAAAUGAGCAUUUAACUUUACAUGUUAUAUUCAGUAAAAUAUGACGAACACCAGCUUUCCAAUGUAUAAGUUCAAACCAUUCAAGUUUAAUGUGUUAAAACAAAAUCACGAUCCGUUUGAAAUGCCAUUAUCAAAAAUCGGUCACCAUUUGUUAUGUAAUGAUGCCUAUUUGAUCACAUACGUUGGUAUUAAUCCUAUAGCAGCUGUAAGAGAACUUUUUUUCAAAUAUAGUUGUUCUAAAUUUUAUCUACUUAUAUACUAUAAUUUAAUGCGUUAAGAAGUGCUUAAGAAAUUGUUUUCUCCAGGGUUAAACGUGUAUUAUAUUCGCUUGAUUAUAAAACGUUUAUACGUUUUACGUACCUAAUAAUACUACUACUUAUAAGACCAUACAGAUAACGAUUUUUUUUUGUAGGUACUAAAACAUGAAAACAUUUUUUUUUUUAUGAAAUGCAUUACCAAUUCAAUAAUCACUAUAUCAAUUUUAACUAAUAUCCAUUAAUUUUGUUUUUAUUUUUAUUCCAUGUAAUGUGUUCCUAAUAUUGUGUUAAGAUUUUCAAUUCUGUAUCAUUAAUAUUAAGAUAUUCACUGUUUAUAUAUAUUUCAGUUUGACUAGAAAAUACCUAAAUAAACAAUGGCAAAUUAAUGAAAACCUUAUAUUGUAAAUAAAAUACCAUCUCAGCUACACAUCAAAUUUCAAACAUAAAUAAAUUAAUACAAAUCACACCUAUCUCGGUGAAUUUAUUUAAAUUUAAAAUAAAAAUAAAACAAAUGCCUUUUUUGUUAUUAUUUAAAAAUUUUAAAUUUUACUAUACUUAUGCCUUUUCAGACACCUCUCAGGCUUUUAACAGAGUAUAUGAAAUCCUAAAAAUUUCUUUUUACACUAUUUCUAUUAAUGAAAUCAUGUCUUACAGUCCACCAUAAUAUCAACAUAUAAAAUGGUUCUUCCAGUUAUGCUGUAAUUAACGCUGGAGUUCCUCAAAAAGAUAUUUUCUCACCUCAAUAUUUAUAUUUCUUACCAACCCUCUACUUGACAUACUCUUGUUGAUGACAAUACUGAUGAUAAAGUCAUAUUAUCUAUCUAUUCUCAAGGAUGUUUUAAGUGCCUCAGAAAAAUUUACAAUUCCAUUCAUAUUUACUUUUUAAAUGUUACGCAAAUUAUAUUAAACCACAACAAAUCUGUGCAUACAAAUUCACCUUGAACAUGGUCUUUCUCCAAAUAUUACCAUUAAUAAUCUACUUAUCCUGUCUCCUAACACUGAAAUACUUAGGUCUAAACAUUGAUAAAAGACUAACUUGGCAAAUUCAUAUUAAGAAAGACUAUUAAUACUCAAUACUCGUUUCAGAUCACUAAAAAUAUUCUCAAAAAUAAAUAUAUAAAUCUAUUUAAACCCAUAUAGAUGUAUGAGAUUCAGCUAUGAGAAUCAUCUAAAAAAAUCAAAUUUAAACAAAAUAUCAUACUUUAUAAAAUUACAAAUAAUCCAUCCAUUAUUUCUUACUUGACCCUUCAUAAAAACCUUAUUAAAUCUUUUUACUUAAUGUUUUUAUAAUAAAAAUUCUAAGAGUGUCACUAAUGGGUGGCUUCUUAAUUUGUGUAAUUCUAAUAAUGUUUUUAUUCCCUACUACACAUAUACUUAUUGUGCUUGAUUGUAUAUAUUGUAUAUAUCUUGUAAAAUAAAUAAAAACAAAAUUAAAAAUUAAUGUUACUGAUAGAUAAACUCAUUAACAAUUAAUAUAAAAAUUAUACCCAAUAGCUGCUGUUCAGCGCAUAAUAAUAUAAAAACUUUUAUGCAUUACUGUAUUGUACGUUCCAAUCCUAGUUUUUACUGAGCUCUAUCUACUAUAUUCACCUCUAUUAAUGUUUAAUUAAUUAAUAGUUAUAUUAUUAAUGUAUUAAUGUUUACUUUUGAAUAUUUAGACCGGUAGACUUUGGCAGUAUUAUUUCGAUUUAGAUGAAUGGAAGAUAAUACCGACCCAAAAUAUUCUCCCAAAAGUAGGGUCAUCAUUAGUUACAUUGUUUGGUAAUGUAAUCAUAAUUAUUUCAUGUAGUAAAAGCCAACAUUGUGGUGAGUGGAGCUUCCGUUUGUGCUUGGGUAAGAUUUAAGAAAAAAAAAAAAAAAUAAACUAAAAUAAACUGUGAUCAAAUUUUCAUUUAUGAUUCAGGAGAUUUGGCAUAUCAGUAUGAAAUAGGCCAAAUUAGAUUUAAAGAGCUAAUAUUAUCUGGUGCUAUUCAAAUACCAAAUCAUGUACUUGGCCAAGGUUUUGUGAUAAAUGGUACGGAUAUUUUUUCAAUUCAUGGUACACAGAAUAAGAAACAUGAAAUGGGUGUUUUCCAACUUGAUGUAAUUACUAGAAAAUGGGAAGUUUUACACCCUGCAAGCCAUGAACAAAUGGAAAAUGGAAAAUGUAUUUAUCCCCGCGAAGUGAUAUUCUAUGAUGGUAGAAUAUACGUAUUUGCAAGUAGAUUAGGUGGCAUUAAGGUUUACUGCAAAUUUUCGGUUAGUAUAAAAUAUCUCAUUUUAAAUAUAUUUUUAAAUUUCAUAUCCUUAAAACACCUACAUUUUAUAUUAAAAUUAAAGUUGCCUUUAAUGGUGAGCUAAAUUAUAGAAAGCAAAUAUUUUUUUUAUAAACACGACUAUUAACUUUGUUUAAAUCAAUUUUUUUUUUUGUACAUUUUGAAUAUACAUUUUUGGAGGAAAGUGGUAUGUACAUAAUACAUGACAUCUUUAUAGGGUGUUUGUAUUAAUUACCCAUUGUGAUUUUUAUUUAGUGUAUAUUAUGUUGCCACUUUUUAAUUUUUUGUGACUUUCUAAACAAUGAAGGCAUCAACCUAAAUCAUACAUUAAAAUAUUAAGAAGAUAUUUAAAACAUUAAAUUUAUAAAAAAUAUGUUGAUAUUCAUAAAUUGAUUAUUAAUUUUGUGUCUACAGAAAAUUCAUAUGUUCGAUUUGGCCACCAGACUAUGGUACUUGUUUAAAGUUAAGCAAGACUCCGAGGUACGAAAAUCAGGAAUUCCAAAUUGUUAUAGCUAUAGCUGCGUUCAGUGUCCUAUAAACCGUAAUCUGGUGUAUUUAUGUGGCGGUUUCAAAGGUUUACGAGCCUCUGAUGCUAUUUGGCGUUUCGAUUUAAACACCUUGCAGUGGGAAAAACUCAUAAAAUUUAGUUUGCCUCAACCUGUUUACAUGCAUUCGACUAUUAUAACACCUUCCGGCCGUAUGUACUGUUAUGGUGGUAAGAUUACAAGGAGAUCUCCGUACUACACUAAUUAUUCUUCAAACAAUUUGAUUUGUGCUUGGAUCACAAUACCCAAACUUAAAAUCUUGAGUUGGGAAGCUAUGGUUCAUUAUUUUAAAGAUCAAAUGUUUGAAUCUAGUACUGAAACUCUAAAGAAAAUUGGUAUACCUCCUGAAUUUUAUAAUAGAAUAAUUGAAGCUAGGAGCCACAUAAAUAAUGUAUAGGUAGACAUUUCGUUCUGUCAAAUCAAAAAUAAAU